AUGUCGGCUCUUCAAAUCAAAGUACAACCUCACAUCAAGAGAUUAACUCUAGAAAGAGCAAGAUUAUGGGCACCAUCUGUCAUAGGAUUUGCUGGAACUCUUGGUACAGCAGCUUUACUCUUCACUGAAACAGUCCCAAGAGUUCGUCGAGACAUUUUAAGCAAUAUUCCUAUUCUUGGCAAUUAUUGGCCUCAAGCAGAAAAAAAAUGA